AUGUGCGUGAAGACGCCGAUCAUAACGCAGAACCUGAACGGUCCGUGUCCUCUGCUCGCGAUCAUCAAUGUCCUCAUCCUUAAGCGCAGAAUACAAUUGCCGUCAAUGAUGGACGUGAUCACCGAUGACCAGCUCAUGGAGUAUUUGGGCGAUUGUAUCCUCAAUAGUGUUCCUAAGGUUUGUCUCAUUUGUGUCAGUGAUAUGUUGUACUCAUAUGUCAAAUGGUGUGCCAUUUACCAGAAUAUUCCCGAAGGAGUUCAACUCAAUUACGAGCAGAACUUUAUGGACGCGAUGCAGAUAUUACCCAAACUUCCAAAAGGUCUCGAUGUGAACGUCCGGUUCACCGGGUAUGACAUCCUAUCACUCGAUGGCAUCCAUUGCUGUCAUCGACCGACCAGUCAAGGCUGCUGGAUGAGCGUGAAGACGCCGAUCAUCACGCAGAACCUGAACGGUCCGUGUCCUCUGCUCGCGAUCAUCAAUGUCCUCAUCCUUAAGCGCAGAAUACAAUUGCCGUCAAUGAUGGACGUGAUCACCGACGACCAGCUCAUGGAGUAUUUGGGCGAUUGUAUCCUCAAUAGUGUUCCUAAGAAUAUUCCCGAAGGAGUUCAACUCAAUUACGAGCAGAACUUUAUGGACGCGAUGCAGAUAUUACCCAAACUUCCAAAAGGUCUCGACGUGAACGUCAGGUUUACGGGUGUCUCUGACUUUGAAUAUACGCCCGAAUGUAUUGUCUUUGAUUUGCUUCACAUUCCUCUAUACCACGGAUGGCUCGUCGACCCCAGCGACCGACCAGUCAAGGCUGCCGUUGGCAACUGUAGUUAUAAUCAAUUAGUCGACAAAAUUAUUAAUAAUAAGACUUCAAUCCAAUCACAACUUAUAACUGAUGCACUAAUUGCUGAAGAAUUCUUAGAGAAGAGUGCUUCACAACUGACUUAUUAUGGUCUCCAAGAAUUGGUGAAUCACCUCAAAGAACAAGAAUUAUGUGUUUUAUUUAGAAAUAAUCAUUUUAUAGUUUUAUAUAAACAUAAGAACCAAUUGUAUCAACUGGUGACAGACCAGGGAUUCAUUAGCGAGAAUAACGUCGUUUGGGAGACACUGAACAACAUUGAAGGGGACACUCAGUUCGUUGACGGAGACUUCGUUUUAGUUCCUCCAAAACCAGCGCUCACUUCAGCGCCCGUUUCUCAGCAACAAAUAGAUCAGGAGUUAGUGAUCAUCUAUUUAGUGGCUCUUAGUCUACAAGAGGAGCAAAAGCGCCAAAUGGAGAGUUGCAAAGAGUGGGAAACGUUUAAACACGACUCAGGGAUGGAAGGGCUCACCGAUGAAGAGUUGGCCAAACGAUUGCAAGAAGAAGAAGACAAACGAUUCGCUCUCCAGAGACAAAACGAAGAACAACAGCAACAACAACAACAACAGCCAUCACCACAUGCGCCACAACCGGCACACAUCAGGGUUGGCGGCGGAGUGGUUCACCCCAACACUCCUCCCAACCCUCACCACAGAAGAGGCACUAAUGGUAGCUCUGAAGACAGUGAGAAUGACGGCUCAAAUAAGGUGUACUAUUAUGUGAAAAGGGGUGACCUGUGGGACGACAUUCCGGACAUUUUGUGAAGAGCUUUUGGUGAUACUGAAGACUGAGAACCACUGCCUGAGUGUAUGCAUUCAUUUGGUACACUGUUUUAAGUCAAUACAUCUAUCAAAUCAAUACAAUUGUAAAAAUUAGGGGAACAGUAGUUAGGACUGAUGUAAAUAGCGAUUAUUUAAAUUGUAAGUGACGAGACAUACGAGCAGAUAAUGCGUGCCUUUUGGGACUUAUGUAUAGUUUUAAUUGUGCCUCAAAUCAGGUUUUAAUUGGACUUUUUCAUUGAAUUUCUCA